GCUUUAUCUCUCUGCUGUGUGCUUGUCUGUGGCAGAAGGCUCUCUGUGAUAUAUUGGUUUAAUAAUAAAUUCUGUUGAGUCAGAGGGCUUCCCACAUCUGGACUCGUUCCUCCCACAAAUUCAUCGCUACUGGAGUUUGUAAGUUACAGGUCGGGCAAUGGAAGCCAACUGAACUGUUCCAGGGAGAAGGGGAGGGCAGCCGUCUGUGGUUCCUGCUGCACUGGAUGCAGUCUCCAUGGCAACAUGGUGCUCCAAAGCAGAUUCAUGAAAAUACUGUCUGCUCCCCACCCCCACCCCCACACGCACGCACACAGGCGUCCACAUAGAAAGAUUAUUUAAAAUAUGAUUUCCUUCCACUUUAGAUUACAGCAAAAGAAGAAACAAUUUAUAUUCCUGGCAUGACUUUAUUCUAAGCUGCAGUCCUUCUGCCUCUGCUCCACCUUUUAAAUCCAAGCUCCACAUUUGUCACUCGGUUAUUUGAGUUCCCAGCAGGAUUUUGUGAUUUACGUCCCCGUGUUCCCUGCAUCAGCUCUGCUGCACCUUAGUACAUCCAUGCAUGUGUGUGUGUGUGUGUGUGUGUGUGUGGGUGUGUGCAAAUGGAUCUGUUACUUUUUAUUUGAUAGUCCUGCUUGCAUAUCUUUUUAAAUAUCCAAACAGCAAAAGAGUGAAAGCAGAGGUAAGGGAGUGUAAAGAAAAUCUGUCUCUUUGUUGCCGUCUCUUCUUCACUCGAUUUAUCUCUGAGCCGAUUGGUCAACGUGCCACCCUCCCAUUUCCAGAGCAGCCACUCAUUUUUCACCAACUCUCUGCAUCUCUUGCCUCUCUUCUUCUUCUCAGUCGCUUUCCCUCUUGCAAGCACACAUGCACAUGCAUUAAAUCCUGAUCCCAGUUCUUUCCUUCCCGUCGACCCUCACACACACACUGCUCCUGUCUUUUUUUUUACCCUGUUUUGGUCACCCUUUGCUUUGAUAAUGUGGACAAAUCUUGCUCUCGAUGGAGGAGAGCACACUGAAACGUCCUCUAAAGGACCCCGCUGCUAACAGCUGUCAUCGUUUGUGUCUUUAAAUGUCGGCUGCCAUGGCCAAACAUGAAGCGGGGAGCACCAGCCCUGUGGUGCGUCAGAUAGACAAGCAGUUCCUGGUCUGUAGCAUCUGUCUGGACCAUUACCACAACCCAAAAGUCCUUCCGUGUCUGCACACCUUUUGUGAAAGUUGCCUCCAGAACUACAUCCCCCCAGAGUCGCUCACGCUCUCGUGUCCGGUGUGUCGGCAGACGUCCAUCCUCCCAGAAAAAGGAGUGUGCGCUCUGCAGAACAACUUCUUCAUCUCUAAUCUCAUGGAGGUCCUCCAACGUGAGCCCGAGUGCUCACGUCCAGAGGCCUGCAGCGUGUUGGAGUCCGUCACGGCUGCAGCAGCAGGGAAACCUCUCUGCUGCCCAAACCACGAGGGAAAAGUGAUGGAGUUCUACUGCGAGUCUUGUGAGACGGCCAUGUGUCUGGACUGUACAGAGGGUGAGCACAGGGAGCAUGUGACGGUCCCUCUGCGGGACGUUGUGGAGCAACACAAAGCUGCACUGAAGACACAGCUGGAUGCCAUUCACAGCAGGCUGCCUCAGCUCACAGCAGCCAUUGAAAUGGUGAGUGAGAUCUCCUGUCAGCUGAAUGAAAGAAAGAACGAGGCCGUGGCGGGGAUCACCAGCACCUUUGAAGAGCUGGAAAGGUUGCUGCAUCAGCGCAAGACGGCUCUCGUCAUGGAUCUGGAGAGUAUCUGCAGCGCUAAGCAGAAGGUUCUACAGGCCCAGCUUUCGUCUUUGCGCCAGGGGAAGGAACACAUCCAGAGCAGCUGCAGCUUCACAGAACAGGCUCUCAGCCACGGGACGGCGACUGAGGUGCUGCUGGUUCAGAAGCAGAUGAGCGAGCGGGUCACAGCUUUGGCCAGACACGACUUCCCAGAGAAGCCACAUCAGAAUGCACACCUGGAUUGUCAGGUGGAGACUGAAGGUCUGCGGCGCUCCAUCCAGAACCUGGGUGUUCUCCUCACCACAUGCGCUGUGGCUCACACCUCUGUGGCAACAGGAGAGGGCCUACGACACGCAGCAACUGGACAGUACCACACCGUUACAGUCACAACAAAAGACAAAGAUGGGGAGUUGGUACGGACAGGAAAUGCCAUUUUAAAAGCAGAGAUAACGUCUGCCGAUGGUAAUCGGUCUGCGGACACAGAAAUAACAGACAACAAGAAUGGAACGUACGAGGUGGGCUACACAAUACGCUGUGAGGGGGAGCACUCGUUCAGCCUGUUGUUGUACGGGCAGCCCAUACGAGGCAGCCCCUUCCGUCUGCGAGCAGUCAAGCCGUCAGAUGUGACCCAGUCUCCGGACGAUGUAAAAAGGAGGGUGAAGUCCCCAAGUGGGACAGGAGGCCACAUUCGACAGAAAGCUGUGCGGCGACCCUCCAGCAUGUACAGCACCACGAAGAAGAAGGAGAACCCCAUUGAGGAUGAGCUCAUCUACAGAGUUGGUACCCGAGGCAGAGAGAAGGGUGAGUUCACAAAUCUGCAAGGAAUCUCAACCUCCAGCAAUGGCAGAGUGGUGGUGGCUGACAGCAACAACCAGUGCAUCCAGGUCUUCUCCAAUGAUGGCCAGUUCAAAAUGCGCUUUGGGGUCAGAGGUCGAUCUCCAGGACAGCUGCAGAGGCCGACGGGCGUCACUGUGGACAUGAAUGGUGACAUUGUGGUGGCGGAUUAUGACAACAGAUGGGUCAGCAUCUUCUCCUCUGACGGCAAGUUUAAGAAUAAGAUAGGUGCUGGCCGUCUCAUGGGUCCUAAAGGUGUGGCCGUGGAUAAAAAUGGACACAUCAUCACCGUUGACAACAAGGCCUGCUGCGUCUUCAUCUUCCAGUCCAACGGGAAGCUUGUGACCAAGUUUGGAGGCAGAGGAACGUCUGAGAGGCAGUUUGCAGAAAAACUUGGCCCAAACUUUAAUAAAUCUGGCUCAGUUUUCAGUCCACACUUUGUCGCGGUGAACAACAAGAAUGAAAUCAUAGUGACAGAUUUUCACAAUCACUCUGUGAAGGUUUACAGUGCAGAUGGGGAGUUCUUAUUCAAAUUUGGCUCUCAUGGUGAAGGAAAUGGCCAGUUCAACGCUCCCACUGGUGUGGCUGUGGACGCCAACGGAAACAUCAUAGUAGCAGACUGGGGAAACAGCAGAAUACAGGUGUUUGACAGCACUGGGUCCUUCUUGUCCUACAUCAAUACCUCGGCAGAUCCGCUCUAUGGCCCUCAGGGUCUCGCUCUCACCUCAGAAGGACAUGUGGCUGUGGCAGACUCCGGCAAUCACUGCUUCAAAGUUUACCGAUACCUGCAGUAGGACGAGGGGAGGCACCACCACGUCCUGCUGGCAUUGUCCCGUCCUGCUUGUAGACGGAGAGUACGACGUGCCUGCACACUUUACAAAGACCCCAUUUCCACAUUUAAUCUCAACGCUCUUUAGUGGUUCUAAUAUUUAACACAUAAUAAAAUAUUACUGUAAUAAAGAUGAAAAAAGGAAGAUGUGCUGAAAAUUGGAACCUCUUUGCACUGAACACAAACUCAAAAGUAAUCAGUAGAAGAAAAGACAGAACGAUUUAUUUCUCAGGAAUAAAUUGUCUUGUUUUAAAAUGUACCUGCAUCUUUUAGUAUUUCUGCCUUUAAGCUAUACCUACUACAGGUGC